AUGGGUAAUUGCUUGAAGCUCCAACGAGUCUCAACAUGGGUCGACGAUGACGAUGAAGACUGCGAUUAUUAUGAAACUACAUCAACAAGUUUUAGAGAGUAUUCGAAGAGAAAGGAGCCAUCUGUAGCAAGACAACCUAUCAUUUUGAAUGAUCAAGUGAGGAUUAAGAUCACCAAGAAACAACUUGAAGAAUUAUCGAGGAAAGGUUUGAGCAUUGAGCGAGUAUUAUUGAGGGAAAUCAUGAAUCAAGAACAUAGUAAUCACUGGAGGCCAAGUUUGAAGAGUAUACCUGAGGUAUCUGAGUAG